AUGAGCAGUGAGGAUAUGAGCAGUGGGGAUAUGAGCAGUGGGGAUAUGAGCAGUGGGGAUAUGAGCAGUGGGGAUAUGAGCAGUGGGGAUAUGAGCAGUGGGGAUAUGAGCAGUGGGGAUAUGAGCAGUGAGGAUAUGAGCAGUGGGGAUAUGAGCAGUGGGGAUAUGAGCAGUGGGGAUAUGAGCAGUGGGGAUAUGAGCAGUGGGGAUAUGAGCAGUGGGGAUAUGAGCAGUGGGGAUAUGAGCAGUGGGGAUAUGAGCAGUGGGGAUAUGAGCAGUGGGGAUAUGAGCAGUGAGGAUAUGAGCAGUGAGGAUAUGAGCAGUGGGGAUAUGAGCAGUGGGGAUAUGAGCAGUGGGGAUAUGAGCAGUGGGGAUAUGAGCAGUGGGGAUAUGAGCAGUGAGGAUAUGAGCAGUGAGGAUAUGAGCAGUGGGGAUAUGAGCAGUGGGGAUAUGAGCAGUGGGGAUAUGAGCAGUGGGGAUAUGAGCAGUGGGGAUAUGAGCAGUGAGGAUAUGAGCAGUGGGGAUAUGAGCAGUGGGGAUAUGAGCAGUGGGGAUAUGAGCAGUGGGGAUAUGAGCAGUGAUGAUAUGAGCAGUGGGGAUAUGAGCAGUGGGGAUAUGAGCAAUGACAAGUUCUCCUGGCAACGAUCACACAAAGCACCACCAUCAAAGCAGAAAGGGUAUGGGGAGGACGGUUCAAAGAUGUAA